CUUUUUGGUAUUUUUUGACACCUUAUUUUCAUUUGGGUGGCUCAAACUUUUCAAGUGUUUUGCUCAUGAAUUUUCCCCACUGUGCUGAACUAUUCAAAGUAAUGAGCAAAACACUUGAAAUUGAUCUUGUUUUGAUUUGAAAUCCAGUUUUGCGACAGCUUCGUCGGAAUUUGCUUCGUUUCCUCAUUUGAAAGUUUUGGAGGUCCGGUGUGUUCGUUUUUCGCAGACCGCUUGAGUUCGCUGCCGCCAUGUUCCAGUCCAGAAAAUUGCCUGCCCGGUUUGUGACCGCGAAGAUGAGCAUCACCAUAAGGCUGUGUCCUCGGGCUCGGGCUCCGUAUGGCCAGCGGAAGGGCUUGGUCUCCCGGGCAGUAGCCAACUUUGAUGAUAAAGUUCCUUUCCGGACCCAUUUGGAAGGAUGCGAAAGAGCUGCAGAUGCCGUACCAGGUAGGCGGUGCCAGUGAUAAACAAGAUUUGGAUGCAUUCAACUCAGGGGCCAUGAUAUGCGUCAUUCGACUGGUCAAGGCACAGUUUGAUUCGAACCACCGCGGUUCUGCAUCAACAAGAAGAUUCCCCAUGGGGCCUCCAUCUCCGCCGGCACCGGUGCUUCACUCACCGACGCUGAGAAACCUCCCAGGAAGCAGUGGUGGCAAACAAACCGAUCCCGACCAGGAAGAAAAAAAUAUUGUGGUUUCGGAAAUAAAUCGAAUUUUCGCGGCGACUUAUCUGACACUACGCUCCGCAAACUGAUCAACUCUAAUUUUGAGUGCAACGAGAUGUUGUGUUGAACGCGAGGUUAAACGUCACUGAAAAACAUUUUGUCGCUCUGGCACCAAACCGAAACGAGCGAUUUCCACUCUCGCCGCACUUUUUCUCUCCGCAUUUUUUUGUCUAACUAAAUAGUAUCAGUGCUUGCGUGUUGUUGUCGUAGGUUUUGGAUGAUGAUGUUGGCCAUUUAUGCAAGUAAAAAAAGUACAUAUUUCCUUUCGUUUUUAAUUAAAUCAGCUAAAAUCCAUCGACAUAAGUUUUCGCCAAUCAAAACAAGAUGGAGGAAUCACAACAAACUUGGCCUACACACUGAUCGAGUAAUACCGAAUUAGGCUAGACAGAAAAAGGCGGAGAGAAAAAGCGCGGUGAGAGUGGAAAUCGCUCAGUUCGAUUUAGUGCCAGAGCGACAAUAACAAA